AUGACCACUGCCUUGGACCUCAAUGAGCCCUACUCGAGUGCUGAGCUCAAGAAGGUUGCCUCGGUAGAGUUUGGUAUCUUAUCACCGCAACAGACGAUAGCUCAAAGUGAGCCGGUCCGAGGGGGGCUUUCUGAUCCAAGACUUGGCUCGGUUGAUCCACGUACACCGUGUGAGACCUGCGGUAUGAAGAUGCGGGAUUGCCCAGGACAUUUCGGCCAUCUGGAGCUUGCCAAGCCGAUGUAUCAUGGUGGCUUUUUGAAAACGACAUUGAAGGCGUUACGAUGCGUGUGUUACUAUUGCAGCAAGCUGUUGGCAGACCCCAACGACCUCGUUAUCAAACGUGUGCUCCGAGUGAAAAACCCAAAGACUCGACUGCAAGCGAUGUCUGUGAUAUGCAAGUCUAGGAAGGUGUGCGAUAGUGGAGGAAUGGAAUCGGUGAUGAAGAGCGGUGGCAAGCAGCAAGAUGAGGAUAUUGAUGAUGAAGAUGUUGCUCAUACCGGUACGUUAGUACACCCUUCAACGACCAGUCUUGUAGUUUUGAACAUGUUAGGGUGUGGCUACGCUCAACCCUCGUAUACAGUCCAGGGCAUGCAGAUUAUCGUGUCCUUCCCAUCAUCAGCCAACGAGGAAAAUGAAGAUGGUGUGGUAGUGGAUCAGGGUGAUACCAAACGCCCUUUGAGCGCAGAGACAGCGUACAACAUCUUGUCUCGGAUAUCGGUACCCGACAUGAUAGCGAUGGGUUUCACUCCGGGGAGAUCAGAGCCCUCCUGGCUGAUUCUAACUGUGGUCCCUGUACCGCCCCCACCGGUCAGGCCUAGUGUUGCAUUUGGUGGUGGUACUGACAGGGCUGAGGAUGAUCUCACUCUCAAACUGCAGGAUAUCGUUAAGGUUAAUCAGAUGCUGAAGAGGCAACUGGAAACUGGUGCUGGUAGUCAUAUAGUAAACGAGAUAGCAGCAUUACUACAGUGGCAUCUAUAUACUCUACAGGAUAACAACAUACCCGGCAUGCCUGAGGCUCAGACCAAGAGCAAGAAGGCUAUUAAGAGUAUUAGGUCCCGGCUGAAGGGAAAGGAGGGACGGAUUCGUGGCAAUCUGAUGGGAAAACGAGUGGAUUUCUCUGCUCGUACUGUCAUCACUGGAGACCCGAACAUCGAUAUUGAUCAAGUUGGUGUGCCAAAGUCUAUUGCUAUGAACCUUACCUUUGCUGAAAGGGUCACUCCACUGAACUACGCGAAGAUGAGGGAAUUGGUGAUGAGAGGACCGACGUCGUGGCCUGGCGCUAAGAGGAUUAUAAGGGAUGAUAAUAGCUGUAUCGAUUUGAGGUUUACCAAACAGGCUCAGGAUAUUGUACUACGAUACGGCUGGAGGGUGGAGAGGCAUAUGCAGGAUAACGAUCUGGUCAUCUUUAACCGUCAGCCGUCUUUGCAUAAAAUGUCUAUGAUGGGGCAUAGGGCUAAGAUUUUACCAUUCUCGACAUUCCGUUUGAAUCUGUCUGUGACUUCUCCUUAUAAUGCUGAUUUCGAUGGUGAUGAAAUGAAUAUGCAUUUGGCGCAGUCGCACGAGACUAGAGCAGAGAUCAGGAACAUUAUGAUGGUCCCGAGACAGGUUGUUAGUCCACAGGGAAACAGGCCGGUGAUGGGUAUUGUCCAGGACUCACUCCUCGCCUCAACACUGCUCACGAAACGUGAUACCUUCAUAGAGAAGGAUAUGUGUAUGCAGUUGUUGAUGUGGUUACUGCCAGCUAGUUGGGAUGGUGGUAACAUGCCUAUGCCCUGCAUUUUGAAGCCUCGUCCGCUUUGGUCUGGCAAGCAGCUGUUCUCUAUGCUCUUGCCGAAGAUUAGUCUACAGAAGGAUGCUGGUAUAGCUAGUAAGAACCGAGGAGAUGACCCAUGGUUCUCAAGGAGUGACUGUCGGGUUAUCAUUCAAGAGGGCGAGAUUAUGUCUGGCGUCAUCUGCAAGAAGACUGUUGGUGCUUCCUCGGGUGGCCUUAUCCACAUCACUUGGUUGGAUUAUGGUCCUGAAAGAACUAAGCAGUUUAUUGGUGGCAUUCAAAGGCUGGUGAACUUUUGGUUACUCCAUCACGGCUUCACGGUUGGGUGUGCUGAUAUCGUUGCUAACGACGGUACCAUGCAGAAGGUGGCCGACACUCUGGCACAGGCGAAGAGAGAUGUGAGGAAGUUGGUAUUGGAUGCCCAGAGGGGACGGUUGGAGGCCCAGCCUGGCAAGUCUCUACAGCAGUCAUUUGAAGCGCGAGUGAACCAGAGGUUGAACCAAGCUCGUGAGGAUUCUGGAAGGCUCGCGGCCGAUAGUCUUGAUGAUAAGAAUAACAUCAUCGCUAUGGUGGACUCGGGUUCAAAGGGUAACCCUAUCAAUAUUGCCCAGAUUAUAGCAUGUGUCGGACAGCAGAAUGUGGAGGGAAAGCGUAUACCCACUGGGUUCCGGGAUCGUACUUUACCACAUUUCACAAAGGAUGAUUUCGGGCCCGAGAGUCGAGGUUUCGUCGAGAACUCCUAUUUAGCUGGCCUUACUCCUCAGGAGUUCUUCUUCCAUGCUAUGGGUGGUAGAGAGGGUAUUAUUGAUACCGCCUGUAAGACUGCCGAAACUGGAUACAUCCAGAGACGACUGAUCAAGUCCAUGGAGAGUAUCAAGGUUCGAUAUGAUGGGUCUGUGAGGAACGAGAUGGAUGAAGUUGUGCAGUUCUUGUAUGGCGAGGAUGGUAUGACUGCCGAGUAUAUAGAAGACCAGGAUAUCGAGUUGAUGAAGAUUAGCCAUGAGAGGCUGGCAGCUAUCGCUAAGCAUGACUAUCUCAAUCCUGAUUAUGGCAGAGGAUGGAUCAAGGAUGAGAAGGUCCGCAGUAACAUUCGGAUGAACCAUGAAGUACAGGCGGUACUCGAUAGAGAAUUUGAGAACUUGAAGGAGAUGAAACGACUUCUAUGUACGAAGGUGUAUAAGGAUGGCGAGUCACGACAGCAUAUUCCCAUCAAUGUGAGGAGGCUGAUUGACCAGUGCCACUACCUCUUCCCAGCUGAGGAGGAUCCUGAUGUAUUCUAUCCACCUCAAGAGGUGGUCCAGAAGGUGGAGGAGACCCUGGAUAGGCUAAGGGUCAUUCGAGGCCUUACUGAUGACCAAGUCCUAGGCUGGGAGGCUCAGCAUAAUGCCACUGUGGUCCUCCAAGCCCAUCUGCGAUACCAUCUAGCAUCUAGAAAGCUACUGGAGAGGGAUAGGCUCGGGCAGAGGGCAGUCGACUGGCUGUUGGGAGAGGUCGAGCAAAGAUUCGAGAAGUCCCUAGUCGCUGCUGGGGAGAGUGUUGGCACCAUCGCGGCGCAGAGUAUUGGAGAGCCGGCCACCCAGAUGACUUUGAACACCUUCCAUUUCGCCGGUGUUGGUAGCAAGAAUGUCACUCUGGGAGUUCCAAGACUGAAAGAGAUUAUUAAUGUUGCUAAGAACUUGAAGACUCCCAGUAUGACGGUGUACCUGCAUCCGGACUAUGCUUCUGAUGAUGCCAAGGCCAAGCAGGUUCAAUCCGAGCUGGAGCACACAUCUCUGGGGAAAAUCACGUCCUAUACCCAGAUCCUAUUCGAUCCAGAUGUUCGCACAUCUAUUCUGGAGGAAGACAGGCAGCUGGUGGAGGAAUACUACGAGUUGCCAGAGGACGACUUCGACUCCUCGCGAUGCAGUCCUUGGGUACUUCGUAUUAAACUGGAUAACUCCGUGAUGAUUGAUAAGAAACUCUCUACUCGAUUCGUUGGUCAGAAGAUAGUUGAAGACUACGGCGGGGAUGUCCAAUGCAUCGUAUCUGAUGAUAACAGCGAGAAUCUGAUAGUACGCAUUAGGCUCCUCCGCGAUACUGAGGUAGUACUGUCACUAUCACUGCUACUCUACAAUGAUCGUGUUUUCAAUAGACCGCGGAGGACGGAUUAUGAUGGGGAAGAGGAUUUCCGUCUGCUCAAGAAGGUGGAAGGCUCUCUACUCUCGGACCUUACUCUAAAGGGUAUACCUGGUGUCACUAAGUGCUACAUGAGACAAGACAAUAGGGUUCAAUAUAGCAGUGAUGUGGGCACAUUCGCUCGUAGCAGGGAGUGGGUUUUGGAUACUGAUGGCUGCAAUUUAGAGCAGGUGUUGACGAUGGAGGCAGUAGACAGUACUCGUACCUUCUCCAAUGACAUCGUGGAGAUCCUCAAUGUGUUGGGUAUCGAGGCCUGUAGGAAGGCUUUACUCAAUGAGCUGCGACAAGUGAUCAGUUUCGAUGGCUCUUAUGUUAACUAUCGACAUAUGUCGGUACUGUGCGAUACGAUGUGCCAGAAGGGACAUCUGAUGUCGAUCACAAGACACGGUAUUAAUCGUGUAGAGCGAGGGCCUUUGAUGAGGAGUUCUUUCGAGGAGAUGGUUGAGAUGCUCAUGGAUGCUGCAUGUUACGCUGAGACCGACCAUAUGCGGGGUGUUAGUGAGAAUAUCAUGCUUGGACAACUGGCACCUAUAGGAACGGCUGAGUGUGAGUUGUUGAUCGACACGGACAAGUUGGUGGACGCCAGGCCGGUGCUACCAGAAGACGACUUAGUACUGCGAGAGGCAGCUAAGGACACAGGAGACAUGGCCGUCGGUGACUCGACUCCUCGUGAUGCUGCUGAUGUGGCGUUUGGACGGUCUCGAUUUGAGGCUGUUGAUAUCAGAGUCAUCUCCAUUCAGUUACGAUGGAGGGAUGCUCUCGCCUACUUCCGGUAUGAUGACCUCGGGGAUGUACGAUGUCAUGUCACCUGGUGCGGCCUUCAGCCCUACCUCCUACGCACAGUCCCCAGGAUCGGCCCUCAUGUCGCCGUUCUCUCCCUCGGCUAUGUCGGAGUUCACACCCUCGGCCUCUGUGGGUGGGGGUAUGACGCCCUUCUCCCCCUUCUCGGAGGCUGGUCCCAUGACACCAGGGAGCGCGUUGUCGCCCUCUUAUUCCCCUACGUCACCAUCAUCUGGCCCUAUGAGUACGGCAAUGAGUCCAAGCUAUUCCCCGACUAG